UUCCUCUGUCUGGCGGCUGUGUGGUAUCGCAUCAGAACACAGAGAUGUGCCUCAUGGGGGCUCGGAAACAACCAGAAUGUUAUUUCUAGUCUCCUGCCUCUGAUGCCCUGCAUGGAUGACUCCAGAGGAAGAAUCUGGUUGAUUCAGAUUAAGUUAGAGACGCGCCCUGAUCCAAGGAGUCGUAUGCGUGGGGCAGGGACGUUUCACAGUGUCUGCAGCUGUGGGACGAAGAGGACUUCUCAGAAGGGAGGAGGAGGGCAGAGCAGCCAUGGCUGGAAGCUCCAGGGAAGGAAGAUUUUCAUUUUUAGAGGCAUCCUUGAGAGAUGGUGCAAGGUAUAGUCUUAGGAGACAGCCCAGCCAUGGGUUCAAGUCUUGGCUCUGCCGUUGUGACAGCUCCACCUUGAGUAAGCUGUGUACACUCUCUGCAGCCUAAUAUUCCUAAUGAGUAUGCUCAGGAUACUGAAAAUGCAGGUGAUAAAGACAGCACCUUCCUCACUGGGAUGAUAGAGGAGUAAAUCAUACGAGGCACUGAAUGGGAAUCAAUCAAUGUUAGCAGUCAUUUACAAGGAGCACCUGAUGACCAUUCUCCAUCCAGUAGCUGACCUCUCGCUGUCACACCUCACCCCAGGCACAGCCUCCAUGCAGGGAGCCAACCUCUCAGCAGUGAGCGAGUUCAUCCUUAUCAGCUUCUCCACUUUCCCCCACCUCCAGCUGGUGUUCUUCCUGCUGUUCCUCCUGAUGUACCUGUUCACGCUGCUGGGGAACCUGCUCAUCAUGGCCACCAUCUGGAGGGAGCGCAGACUCCACACGCCCAUGUACCUCUUCCUGUGCACUCUCUCCAUCUCCGAGAUCCUCUACACCUUCACCAUCAUCCCACGAAUGCUGGCUGACCUGCUCCCCACUGUCCACUCCAUCACCUUCACAGCCUGUGCCAGACAGAUGUUCUUCUCCUUCACUUUCAGGUUCACCCACUCCUUCCUGCUCACCAUAAUGGGCUAUGACUGCUACGUGGCGAUCUGCCACCCUCUGCGCUAUAGUGUGCUCAUGAGUCCUGGUAGAUGUGCCUGCCUUGUGGCCUGGUCCUGGGCUGGUGGCUCAGUCAUGGGGAUGGUGGUAACAAUGGCCAUUUUCCACCUCAUCUUCUGUGGACCAAAUGAGGUUCACCAUUUUGCUUGCCACGUGCCACCACUGUUGAAGUUGGCCUGUGGAGCUGAUGUACCACGGGUGGCCAAGGGCGUGGGCCUGGUCUGCAUCACUGUCCUGCUGGGCUGCUGUCUCCUCAUCCUCCUCUCCUAUGCCUUCAUCGUGUCCACCAUCUUGAGGAUCCCCUCAGCAGAGGGCCGGCACAAGGCCUUCUCCACAUGUGCGUCCCACCUCACUGUGGUGGUCGUGCACUACAGCUUUGCCUCUGUCAUCUACCUCAGGUCCCAGAGUCCCCAGUCUCUGGAAGGAGACACCCUGAUGGGCGUCACCUACACGGUCCUCACGCCCUUCCUCAGCCCCAUCAUCUUCAGCCUCAGGAACAAGGAGCUGAAGAUCGCCAUGAGGAAGACCUUCCUCAGCACACUCUACCCAGAGAAAAUGUGA